AGACGGAGCAGCGCUGCUGCCGGCGCAGGAGGCAUCCCCGUGGCGUGGCAGAGGGACGCGCUUAGGGCCACCGGGCGCUGAUUAGAGCCCAGCACCCAGCCAGCUCCCGGGCGUAGCAGGGACCAGCGCGCCGAUCCCGAGCUCCCGGCCAGCGGGGCGCGCCGCAGCCCCCGGGGCGAGCCGCCGAGCUCCCGGGCCGGCGCUGCGAUCCCCGGCGCGCCCAGAGGGAUGCGCGCCUUCGGCCCGAGCCUCCGGGGCCAGUGAGCAGCGCGCAGCCGGCAUGGAAGCGGCCGAGGCGGAGCCGAGCCAGCCCCUCAGCCCGGCCCCAGCGCCGCCGCCCGAGAAGAAGAAGCUGCAGCGGGCGCCGUCCCCGGCCAGACCCAAGGAUGUGCCCGGCUGGUCCCUGGCCAAGAGCCGGCGCGGCAGCCACCCCGGCUCGCCGGCCUCGCUCUGCGGGAAGCAGGGCGCGGGGCCCGGGCACUCGCGGCGGCCGGGCGGGGGCAAAGACGGGCGGCCCGAGAAGAAGGGGAAGCAGCCGCAGCCAGCUGGCGGCCGGGGCUCCGGGAAGGGGGCUCCGGGCCGGGCCGGGGCCAAGGCGAAGGGGCGGUGCCGGGGGCCAGCCGGGGAGGAGCCGCCGCCCCCCCUGAGCCUGACGGACAGCAGCUCGGAGGGCUCGGACUGCAGCGGCUCGGAGGAGGCCAAGCUGCUCUCGCUGGAGCUCAGCGGCAGCGACCCCGAGUCCCCGGGCAGCGCCCCGGCCCUGCCCGCCGGCCAGGGCAUCUCGCCACCGCCCGACGAGCCCUCCGCCGCCUCCAUGGCCAGCAGCCGCCUGCAGCUCAGCACCUCGCUGGCCUUCUCCGACCUCACCGAGGAGCUGCUGGACGCGGGGCAGGAGGGCCUGGCGCGGGAGCUGGAGGAGCUGCGCUCCGAGAACGACUAUCUCAAGGAUGAGAUUGAGGAGCUGCGUGCGGAGAUGCUGGAGAUGAGAGACGUCUACAUGGAGGAGGAUGUCUACCAGCUGCAAGAGCUCCGGCAGCAACUGGACCAGGCCAGCAAGACCUGUCGCAUCCUGCAGUACCGGCUGCGCAAAGCAGAGCGCCGCAGCCUCCGCGUGGCACAGACUGGGCAGGUGGACGGCGAGCUCAUCCACAGCCUGGAGCAGGAUGUCAAGGUGGCCAAGGACGUCUCUGUGCGGCUCCACAACGAGCUGGAGGUGGUGGAGAAGAAGAGGAUCAAGCUGGAGGAGGAGAAUGAAGACCUGCGCCAGAGGCUGAUCGAGACAGAGCUGGCCAAGCAGGUGCUGCAGAACGAGAUGGACAAACUGCGUGAGAAUUCGUUGAAGAAAAGGGGAUCUCGUUCUGUGGGGAAGACUGAAAAGAAGCCGUCAGUCCAGGAGGACAGCGCAGACCUAAAGUGUCAACUGCAUUUUGCGAAAGAAGAGUCGGCUCUGAUGUGCAAGAAACUAACAAAGUUAGCCAAGGAGAACGACAGCAUGAAGGAGGAGCUGGUGAAAUACCACUCCUUGUACGGGGACUUGGAGAGCUCUCUGUCCAUAGAGGAGCUGGCGGAUUCCCCUCAUUCGCGAGAGGCAGAACUGAAGGCCCAUCUGAAGCUCGUUGAGGAAGAAGCCAACAUCCUGAGUCGGAGGAUCGUGGAGCUCGAGGUUGAAAACCGCGGGCUGAGGGCAGAGAUGGAUGACAUGAAGGGACAAGGCGACAGAGAACUGAUGGGGCAGGAUAUCCGGUUUGCUUUCUCCUCCACCAGCUGUGGGGACUCUGGGGAGAGCCAGGUGGAGCUGAGGCGACACCUGCAGUUCGUGGAAGAGGAGGCAGAGCUACUGAGGAGGUCGCUGAUGGAGCUGGAAGACCAAAACAAGCUCCUCAUGAAUGAGCUGAACAAGUACAAGUCUGACCAUGACCUGGACAUCACCCUGUCAGAGGACAGCUGCUCGGUGAUCAGCGAGCCGUCCCAAGAGGAGCUGGCCACAGCCAAGGUGCAGAUCAGCGAGCUCAGCGGCAAGGUGAAGAAGCUGCAGUACGAGAACCGCGUGCUGCUGUCUAACCUGCAGCGCUGUGACCUGGCCUCCUGCCAGACCACGAGGCCGAUGUUGGAGACCGACGCUGAGGCUGGCGACUCUGCGGACUGCAUCCCGACCCCUCUCUGGAGAGAGGUGCCCGUUGGAGGAGAGAAUGAUGCCAAGGACCGCCCUGAGAGAGGGCCUGGCAACGGCAAUGGGAAGUCUCAGGAUAACAGCCCCACCCGACUGUUCAAAUCCAAGGACUUGGAGACUCUGCUUGGCAUCCGGGACCAGGCCGCACUUGUCAGCAAAGCCAUUGAUGUCUUGAUUUCGGACUCCAAUGGCUUCACCCCCAGCCUGAAGGUGUGUCUGGACAAUGACUGCAUGGACCUGGUGCUGAGCGAGCCGGUGGAUAACAACAGUGAAAGCACCAGUGACUCCAAGCUGAUCAACAUGAUCUUCGUGAGGCUCCGCGUCCUGCAGCAGGAGCUGAGCUCCUUCAUGAGGAAGGUGGAUCACAUUGGGGACUGCUGGAAAGAGCAGAUGGACCCUUUCUCCUUCCUGCCCAGCUGCGGCGCCCAGGACUCUCCCAAAGGAGCACUGCGCAAAGAGCACAGCUCUGACUUCCAGCAGCCAGACUUUAGGGACGGCCCAGACUGGGACGCCGCGGGGAGCCGGCCCCCUGACCUGUACCGCAGCAACAACGCCAUGGACGUGGACCCCAGUGUGAAACUCCCCAGGAAUUACAAGCCCUACCGACCUGACGAGAACGACUCCUAUGUCACCGAGAUCAAGGAGCUGCAGCUGGUGCUGGCUGAAGCCAACGAGAGCCUGCGGGGCCUUCAGGAGCAGCUCACCCAAGAGAGGCAGCUGAGGAAGGAGGAGCUGGAGGACUUCUCCCAGAAGAUCUGCCAGCUGCGGGAAGACCAGCAGAAGGCUCUCCUGAGGCGGGAGUUUGAGCUGCAGAGCCUGAGCCUCCAGAGGCGGCUGGAGCAGAAGUUCUGGAGCCAGGAGAAGAACCUCCUGGUGCAGGAAUCCCAGCAAUUCAAGCAGAAUUUCCUGCUUCUCUUCAUGAAGCUCAAGUGGUUCCUCAAACGCUGGAGGCAGGGGAAGAUCCUCCACAGUGAGGGCGAUGGCUUCUUGGAGGUGAACAGCAUGAAAGAGCUGUACCUGCUGAUCGAGGAGGAGGAGCUCACCCCACAGCAGCAGGCCGAUAACAAGACGUGUGCCGGAGACACCUGGACCCAGAACACGGUGAGCUGGGACCCUGGCACACCUGCUGCGCCCAAUGAGUACGUCAAGACCCUGGCAGACAUGAAGGUGAUCCUGAAGGAGCUGUGCACGGAGCUGCGCGAGGAGAGGCAGGGCAUGAAUGAGCUGCAGCAGCAAUUUGCCAAGGCCAAGGCUGCCUGGGAGGUCGAGCGGACUGAGCUCAAGUGCCACAUCGCCCAGCUGGAGUCGAAGGUUGGGAAAGGGGUCCCGGAGCGAGCCCCGUCAGACUGGAAAGUGGCUCUGAAGAGGGAGCGAGAGGAACACCAGCACCUCCUGGCCGAGUCCUACAGCGCAGUCAUGGACCUCACCAAGCAGCUCCAGAUCAGUGAGAAGAACUGGAACCAGGAGAAGGUGGAGCUGCUGGGCAGGUUCAAGGAUGAGCAGCAGCAGGCAGAGCAGCAAGUGAAAGAGCUGCAGAACAAAAUCAACCAGCUGCAGAAGGGAGCCGACCGGUGGGCUGUGGAGAAGCAGGGCAGCAACUGGAAAGAGACGCUCAACGAAAAGAUCACCGACAAAGAGACCGUUUCUGAAACAGACCCCAAGGGAGCCAGUUUAAAAAGGGGAGAGGUGCACGUUCUGCUCCCUGGGCGUUCCCAGAGCCUGCAGAGGACAAAGUCCAUUUCCUCGAUGUCCGAGUUUGAAAGCUUGCUCGACUGUUCUCCCUACCUUCCAGGCAAGACCAGCCCUGUGAUCCCUGACCAUGCACGAGGCAAGGGGUCCCCAGCCACACAGCUGCUGUCUAAUGGCAUAACAGACCCUGCCGGAGUCCACCCCAAAAACUGUACAUAUGUGACUACAGAGCAACCUGCCCCUGAGAGCCUGGCAAAAGACAAACUGGGCAUUUCCUCAUGGGACUAUUCCCGGGCAAACAACCUCUCUGGGCAGGAUCCGGCCCAGAAGCAAAUGCAGAGGAGCUACACGGCACCAGACAAGACCGGGAUCCGCAUCUAUUACAGCCCUCCGGUGGUGCGAAGACUGGAGGCACCGCUAAUCCACAACAAGGAGGGGAAGAUCAUGACUGAGCCGGGCUUCCUGUUCACAAUGGCCAAGCCGACAGAGCUGGAGGAAUCCGACAGCUCAGAGAACACGUACAGCCGGUGGCUAUGCAACUUCUCGAAGCAGCACCGCGAGCUGCUGGACAGCCGCAGUGCCGACAAGGCUGGGCCCCCCGGCCCCCGGUUCCCAUCCUCCCUGCACGAUUUUGAGAUUUCCGGCAACAUGAGCGACGACAUGAAAGAGAUCACCAACUGCGUGCGGCAGGCCAUCCGCUCCAGCUCGCUGGAGAGGAAGGUGAAGAGCGCCUCCAGUCAGACCACGGGGCUGACGAGCGUCGGGACCCAGACCAUUCAGAUGGUGAGCGUCGGUCUGCAGACAGACAUGUCCCGGGGAAACCUCCACAGCAAGAGCUGGUCCCCACGCAGCUCCUCCCUGAUGUCUGUGCGUAGCAAACAGAUUUCUUCGUCUCUGGACAAAGUCCACUCCAGAAUCGAACGGCCUUGUUGUUCUCCCAAGUAUGGCUCCCCAAAGCUCCAGAGACGGUCUUCCUCCAAGCUCGACAAUUCGAAGGACAGAAGCUUGUGGAACCUUCAUCAGAGUAAGCAAAAUGGGUCGGCCUGGGCUAGGUCAACCACAACCAGAGACAGCCCGGUCCUCAGUAACAUCAACGAUGGCCUGUCCAGCUUGUUCAAUGUUGUGGAGCAUUCCGGGAGUACAGAGUCCAUCUGGAAACCAGGCUGUCCAGAGAGCAAAGCUAAGCCAGAAGCCCCGAAAUACGGCAUCGUGCAAGAGUUCUUCAGGAACGUGUGCGGGAGGGCCCAGAGCCCCACUUCUGCCCCAGAGAAGAAAGAAUCACCGGGAGAUGAUGGCACCAAAAAGCAGGAUCACUCCCAGCCGGUCACCUGCCAUCCAUCUGAAAACGUCUCCCGGAGCUUAAACAAGAAACUCCUGAAGCAAAGCAGCAGCGAGGAGCCCAAGGCGUCUUCCCCCAGCCAGGGGAGCAAAGACGGGGCCCCAAGGGACCUGGACAUCACAUCUAUGAUAGCCAAUGAGGACACAGCAUGCGACUGCAGCUCCCAGUCCCUCACCUCCUGCUUCGCCCGGCCUUCCCGCUCAGCUGUCCGGCACUCCCCUUCCAAGUGCAAGCUGCAUCCCUCUGACCCCAGCCGGGCGGAGGAGAAGGCAGGGCCUCUGAGUGAGUGAGUGAGGGCAGCGGGGACUGGGCUAAGCCGUGUCUGCUUUCUGCGGCCCUGACGAAAGAGCACACUUCCCGUCUGCGCCAGCUCCGCCGCAGCCCGCGGGACCCGCCAGCCCCGAGAGAGCUGUGCUGGGGUCCCAGCGGGCCCCUCGCUCUCGCAGAGACUCAGGCGCAUGCACAUCUGUCUCCUAACUGUUCCCCAGCUGAUGGGGGCGCUUAAGAAGCAGAUGCUGCAGGAGAGUCGGGAACGGAGGCUUCCCGCGUUAUGCCUGGAUCCGGUUCCAGGGAUGGAGGGGAAGUUACUCUGGGCGGGUGUCUCCUGACCCCCAGGAAGUAGCCUGCCAGCCUCACCGCUCCUGCAAGGGAAGGAUGAUUCCAGGAGAGAGGAGGGCGUCCCCAGAGCCUGGGGUGGGGAGCUCUGGGCCAUUUCCAUAGCCCUUCAGGCUCCUCAGAGACCUGCACUUCAGGGAGACGGACAGCCGGCGGGGGGUGGGGGGGAAUGAAGAGAUGGGCCCUGCCUGCCCUGGGAUGUGGGAACUGGGAACCGCCACCCUGCAGCAGCCUCUGGAGAGCCGGCAAAGCCAAGGCCCUGAGCCUGGGACUCCCUCGGGCCAUGCUGCUGACAAGCGCCCUGGAGAGGAAUCAGCAGCAGGAGCGCAGAGAGCAGCUGGGUCAGCUCUGAGAGGAAAUGCCCCGGGCAUACUGUCACUGCACUUCGCAGACAGGGCUGUGGGCCGGGGGUGAGCCCUGGGGGGCAUGCGCCCUGGGGGGGUGGGGGCGUGUUGUAUAAAGCUGAUUAUUGUGUGUGAGGCUCUUCACUAUGUUGUCUCCCUUGCCAUGUUGUCUUCGAGUGGCACUGGCACGCCCCUUCGCUGACACGGCCGUCCCUCCCCCGCGCCCUGGGGCUUUGUGCAAACCCAGCCCAGAGUGGAUUGCCCUGCUGUUGCAUCAGCCGCUGCAGUGCCUGCCUCCUGUGCUGGAAGGAUGCCGAGGGGAGGAUCACGGGGGCAGGCACAGGGCUCGUUCAGGCCCUUCUCCUCACCCAAACAAUGUUUAAUUCCCCACCCCAGCGCCAGCCUGGCCAGUGCAGGAGGCUGCAGCAAGCUGCCCUCUCUGGAAUGCUCCCCGAGCUAGAGCACUGGCCGAGUGGCUGCAGCAGCUCCCUUUGUCUCUGGCUCGCCUAGCGGGAUCCUGGAGUCAGAAGCCGUACAGCCACCUGGCCUCUGAAGGCCUGGUCUCAGGAAGCACAGCCCAAGGCAGAUGGGAACAGGAGCAAACGCAAUGCGGGGGGACUAUAGACUGCAGUAGAAAGGGGACCUAGCAGCCUCGCAGAGCAUAGGGCAGGGGGAAGUACAGCGGUGUUCUCCCUUUUCCAGGGGGCUGUGCGGGAAGAGUGUGUGUGUGAGAGAGAGAGAGUGUGUUUGUGUGUUAUCCCUUCCCCUCCCCUCUGGAGCAAUGGGCCGAGAGCACUGAAACCCUGGGGACAAGAUAAGCCAGGCACACCUUGGGGGCCCUUCCCCUGCCCCUCGCAGCUGGGUCUGAGCGAGGUUCUAGUUACAGUGAGUCUGACAGUGGCUCAAGCCAAGGUGGCAGCAUUUCCCUAGGUUGUGUCCCACCCAGCAUCUGGCAGGUGUGGUUGGACGCUGAGGGUCGUCUGGAUGUCCUGGGUCUCACUAUUUAAGGUAUUUGUGCAUGGUUUAUAAUGCAAUUCGCAGAGGUCUCCGCAGGGUCAUUUGUUUGUGUGUUUGGCCUGGUAGCCUGGAGCUUGCUGUGGUUGUGUCUGAGUGUGGCAGGUGUGGGAGAUCCAGUGGGGCAGCGUCGGUUGGAGGGGUGUGUGUGUGUGUGUGUGUGUGUGUGUGUGUGUGUGUGUCCCGGAGGAGGCAGAGGGCAGCGGGGCCACGGCUGGAAUUCAAUCUGAUGUUCCCCGACCAUUACUGGGAGCUUGGCUCUGACUCAGUGGCCAAACAGCUCUAGGACCCCCGCAACUCACGCUGGCCCCUCAAAGAUCCCUGCGCUCACUUCUUCCUGGCCCUUUCUGCUCCCUUCCUCUGUGAAGGUGCUGCGUUCCGGCUCGUGUCUUCUGUAGGGAUGGGGUUUUCUCUGCACACGCACUGCUGCCUCCAAGCCCAAGCAUUUGUGCCUUAGCACUGGUUAGACACCACAGUAACAAGAGUGGUACAAGUACAUGGGCCAGAUUCAUCCCUGGUGUAGAGAAUCAGGGCUGCCUUUGUCCCAGUAAAAAGAAAAGGAGGACUUGUGGCACCUUAGAGACUAACACAUUUAUUUGAGCAUAAGCUUUCGUGAGCUACAGCUCACUUCAUCGGAUGCAUUCCGUGGAAAAUACAAUGGGGAGAUUUAUAUACAUAGAGAACAUGAAACAAUGGGUGUUACCAUACACACUGUAAGGAGAGUGAUCACUUAAGGUGAGCUAUUACCAGCAGGAAGGGGGGGAACCUUUUGUAGUGAUAAUCAAGGUGGGCCAUUUCCAGCAGUUGACAAGAAUGUCUGAGGAACAGUGGGGAGUGGAGGGGGGAAAUAAACAUGGGGAAAUAGUUUUACUUUGUGUAAUGACCCAUCCACUCCCAGUCUCUGUUCAAGCCUAAGUUAAUUGUAUCCAGUUUUCAAAUUAAUUCCAAUUCUGCAGUCUCUCGUUGGAGUCUGUUUUUGAAGUUUUUUGUUGUCUAUGACGUCAAGAAUUAUAACAUUCGAAAACCAGUCGGAGAACACUUCAAUCUCUUUGGUCACUCGAUUACAGACCUAAAAGUUGCAAUUCUUCAACAAAAAAACUUCAGAAACAGACUCCUUCAGACGCAGUGUUUAUUGCACCCUUCUAUGUCUUCUUGCAGCCGUCCCCCUGCUCUCUGCUGCCAGGCACCUGUCAGGGGUGAGGGUGAUUAACUGCUGGAGCAGUCACCAGGGCUGGGGGGCGGAUUAGCCAUCUCUGGCCCUUUGUAAACCAAGGGGAUUUUUUUUUCAAGAUCUCUAGUUCUAACAGGAAUGAAUGCAGGGAAGAGCUCUGGCCUGUGGUAGGCAGGAGGCCAGACUAGAUGGUCACAACAGUCCCCUCAGGCCUUAGAAUCAAUUAAACAUCCCAGCACCUCUGGAGAAACGCUUCAAGCCGUUUGCUCUGUCUGUGCAGGAGGCUGCAGCACUGCCAUUGAGUGAGCGAGGCAAAGCGAUUGAAGGUCUGUAACCCACCUUCUCAUGCUGCAUUUAAUACUGCAAUUAAAUCCAUUUCCAGGCCUCUAAGCGCUGGUCUACACGACAGUCAGUUCACAGCUAACUCUGUAAGCAGCUACACUAGAAUGUAGCUGCCACCAAUGUAACGCGCCCGCCCUGCUGACAAUGACUCCGUCUCCGUGGGAGGGAGAGCACUUAGGUCGAUGUAGUUAGGCCAGUGUAGACACUUUUGCUGCCUUUCAGAAGCCUUCCCACAAUGCCCUACGCUGACAGUUAAAUGGGUGCAAGCACUGCUGGUGAGGACACGCACUGGCGACCCAAGGAGCACAGUGUGGACGUGCAAAGGCAGUUUAAUUACUGCAGAGGCUGUACGUCGCCGCAGCUUUGACUGUCUGCACUGCACUGAUGGAGCUGUGCCGCUGUAGCACUUCUGGUGAAGACGCUCUAAGCUGACAGGAGCGAGCUCUCCCGUUGGCUUAAUAACGCCUGCCUCCGCGAGCCGCGGUAGCUGUGUCGGCGGGAGUAGCUCUCCUGCCAACACAGCGCUGUCCACACCAGCGCCUAGGUCAGUGUAACUUACAUCACUCGGGUGUGGAUUAUUCACACUGCCGAGCGACAUUUAUACCAAAGUAAUCUGUAGUGUAGACAGCCUACGGUCAACUUAAUUUUGUAGUGUAGCCUUGCCCUAUCUCGUGUCCCUUUUGUUGCUGCAGAGUGUCCAGGGUGCCUUCGGGCAGGGAAUGCUCAAUGAGCCAGGGAGGGCUGUCCCGCGGGGGCUCUGGGACAGGUGACCUGCCACAGCAACGCUCCGGGUCAGCUUGAUCCAGGUGCUUGGAAACCACGUCCCAAAUUCAGGGGGUGGGUGAGGGUGUUUACAGCCGGCAUAAACUGCCUGGCCCCUUCUUCCCAGGGCUGUUAAUUAUGCUCCAGCAAGCCCCACGCUGUGCUCCGCUCAGCUCUCCUAGGAGUUAGGCUGAGUUUGAAUCCCGCCCGGGGGCUCCUCUGAUAUUCGGACUGGGCUGUACAGCCCACCUCAGAGCAAGCCAGCAGCGUGGAGCGGGCUGGCCCUGACCCCCAACGCAGCCCUGGCACGGUGGGGGGAGGGAGUUUAGUUAAUGGCUGAGAGAGCAUGCCAUUCUCCUGCCUUUCAGCACUUGCUGGUUGUGACUGGCAAUGGCAACCGCUGCGGGAGGGGGGAACCUUUUUCCUGGCUGCAUUUCCAGCCCUCCCCAAGCCCAGCUGUGCUGGAAGUGGUGUGAGAAAAGCUGACCUCAUCAGACAUGGAGUCCAGCUGCUCCUCUCUGUGCUGGUCCCCGGGCCUUGGCAGGGUCCCCCCACCCCUCGCUGUCCUUCAGCAUCAGCCUCCACUGCAGCCCUGUGCUCACUGUAAACUCCCUUUUUGGCCCAUUUUAUCAUCCUGGCUCCUGGUUCAUUUUGAUUGAUUUCCCUCCCCAGGGUCUCUGAGAAUAUUGCAAAGGGAGAGAGAGAGUGUGUGUGUGUGUUUGUGUGCGCAGAGUUUUAAUUCAGCCUGCAACUGGGAAAUAAUUUCUUCAACCCACCGCCCUGCCAACUACUUGUACCAGGGAGCCGUGUGUGACCGCAUUUUGCUUCAAUGUUUAAAAACACAACACAGGCCCCAGAGAUACCCCUAGCCCUGUUGUAUCCCUGAGCAGAUGUGUGGUGUCCGGGGAGCCCUGGCCCUGUCGCUAACAGCACCUGCUGAAUCCAUUACUCGGUUUCACAGUCUCAGCUGGGACAGACCCAGCUCCUGGGGGGGGGCGCUGUUUUAGUUAAUUGCUCAUGACAAGUGUCUUGCAAACAUCCCUUCCUUUUGGUUUGACCUGAUCUGAUGGGCUGCAGGCCCAGGCGGAGCACAAGGCAGGGUCAGUCUAAAUCAGCAUGAACUUUUGAGCUGAAGGAAUUUUUAAAAAUAAUGAAAUUAGCUAAAUUGGGAGGGUAGUAGAUGAGUUAAAAAUACCAAUUGGACUAUGGGCUUGCCCUGCCCAGGACCAGAACUGCUGUUUGGCUGGGAAUGGAGUCUCAUUUGGGGGAGGGGAGGAAGUGCAAACAAGCCACCGGUUAAUAAAGAGCCAGUGUUUAUCAGCUGGGAGCCCUGGAAGGCAUCAGCACUUUAUUGUGAAGCCCUGGCGCUCAGUGCCAGCAGAUUUCUGCAGUUAAAAAUAAAUGCCCGUUGCAUUAGGUGCUAAUGAAGUCCCAUUACCGGCCUGCUGCUCUUUGCACUGCUCUGGGAGAGAGUACAGACAUCUGCCCCCAAAGAGGAUUAGGAGAGUUAGUGUGGAGAGCACCUGGGCUUGCAGAACAACAGUGGGUAGGUGUGUGAGGUGCCAGCCAAACCCGUGGGGAGGGUUCCAGCCAGACAACACAUCCACUCCAGUGUGUAACAGCCAUGCAGCCAGGGAUGGAUCCAGCCGAGGGAUGAGGAGAAACUCGUGUAUUUAUCCCGUGAAGAGAGGGGCCUUGCAAAUGAAGCUGUGAGGCUGUGCUCUGCGCUCAGGCAGGGUGUAUGCUAGAACCAUAGCCACGUCUUGUUCUCUGUCAGCAGCCGAGGGCUACGCUCUGUGCACCUCUGUUACGCGAGGGGAGCGCAGUGGCCCAGCUGGUUCUGCACAAGUCGCCUUACUCUCCCUGAUGACUAUGGGUGGGUCUUAGGUUGCGUCCUUCCACUGGCAGAGCCAGAGAAGGUCUGGGCAUGUUCUCACCUGAGAGGAGCAGACAGCUUAUUGUCCAACCUACCAGCAGACAAGGAGCUUUGGGAGCCUGGGGGUUAGUGCAGCUCUUGUUAGUUUUUGCAUGCGUUUGGCAGGCGUGGGGGUCUGUCCCGGGCGGGGGCUGGGGGAGUGUUGUUAAUGUGGUCGUUAACAUCCACUGUAAAUACUUUGGGGUGGGUUUCGCAUUUUCAUUGGUAACUAGGGCUUUUUUAAAGAAUCUAGUUUUUGGAAUGUGGUUUCUCAUUUUUACAAAUGCCUUUUUAAUUAUUUGUGAUACUCGUCAUGUCUGUCCUGUCCUGUAAAUAGCAGCGCUGGGCAUUUCUGCCAUGGGUGGAGGUGAUAAGCCAUGUGUGGCCCUGUGGCUGGGAGGGACGGCACUGGGCAUGUGCCCGGGGCCUUGUCUUGGCCACCUGAUGGCCCACCCCAACAAGUGUGCAAAGAAGCCAGGCUUUGCUUCGGCAAAGUCAGUUGAAGGAUGCGGGGAGGUAGCAGAGAGAGCAACCCUGAGCCAUGGUGUGUGUAAUACGCAGCCUUUUAACUUGACACUGUCAUCUCCCUGCUUGGAAUUUGAAAGAGCAGAAUCUCCGCAUGAGCUGAGCCUCGAUUGGCUGCAGCCCGGGGUGCCGGCCAUUCUGAAAAUAGCAUACUUGAAAUUAAAGAUGAGCCAGUUUGGCUGCUUAAACUCCCACCCGCUCGUUUGGUUCAGUCAGCCAUGUCCUGUUUCCCAGCAUCUCCUGUGGGGAAGGGUGUGUGUACAGGGAGGCGCUGAUUUCAUGUCAUUUCCAUGCAUCUCACUGGGUUAGGGUUUCUCCCUGCAGGGGGUGGGAGAGAAGAGCUGCCCUUUGGGGGACUGUUCCCCCUGCAGCCCUGCCACACGCUGGGUAAGCUAUUCCCGAGCAGAGCUCUCUGUCCAUGUCACCCGCACCAUCACAGCCUUUCCCUGCUCUUCCUUGCUGCAGCAUUGGGCUUUGAAAAGCCAGCUAAGCUCUUCCCAAAAGCCCUGUCCUGCUGCAAAGCUCACGGAUAGGGCAGGGCGGGAGGCUGUUACCGACUGUUUUCUCAGCCCCUGUUGCUGUUUCCCUAGCAGCCUCAGGUGUCCGGGUCUGGGUUCCAUGUGCUCGCCCCUUCCUUUUGCAUGGCCCCCCGCUCACAUGAAGGGCUUCCCCACUCACUCUGUCCUCUGUCUGUACAAUUGUGUGUUGUGAGGUAGAAAAUAAAGGGCCUGCGAGCUCUGAAAUGAAA